GAAAAGCGUAGUAUUCAGGCUACCAAAUAUAACUAACCGACCAGAACGAAUAGUCCAAACGAUGCCGUUUACGCAGAGAAUAAAGAAAAUGAUGCAGUGACACGUUUAAACUAGUGAUGAUAGUUGUUAAUUCCUCCAUUUUGCUUCCGGUACCUUCUUCCAACUUCCGAACAGAAGCUCUGUUUUUCUCGGCCUCCCGCUUCUUCCAAACUACUUCUUAACUCCUGCUACUCAAUAGAAUAGAGAACUGGAAUCAUGGCAGCUUGGACGGCAGUGGCUCGUCAAGCCCCGAAGGAUCAUCUUCAUCGACUCUGUUUCCCUAAAUCACCUUCAACUACUCAAGCCGCUUCCCUUUUUCAACGGCGCGGUCUCGCUGGCGGUGCCGAUCACCAUGGAUCUCUGAAGGUGAACUUCUGGGAGGAUCCUCUCCAUCCAUCUAAAUGGAAACAGGAACAAUUUGUAACGGUGUCUUUAGCUGGAUGGGGCUUGCUGGCUUAUGGAGGUUACAAGUAUUUCACUAAAAACACAAAGGAUGAGGAAAAGGAGAAGGUUGGAGGGGGAUAAUUCCAGUAGCUUUUGUUAAGGUCUGUAGAUGUAUCUGAAGUAAAUCAGCAUAAUAAGAAUAUUUUAAUGUUCUGAAAAGCUCUGAAUUUAUCUACUGAUAUUGGCAGUUGUAACUUAGUGUUUUGUGUCUUGUCAUGUCCAGAAACAUAAAUAAAUCCACUAGUACAGUCAAUUUUGAUAAUCCCAGAUUUCUGUAAUCUCGAAAGACUUACACAUGUUAUGUACAGUAUUUGACCAAGGCUGCAAGAAA